AUGAUAUAUUUCGUACAGCAUGGCUGCGAGAUCGGAGCGCAAUUCACGGGAGCAAAGCUGGCGCAGAAUAUGAUAGGUGCAUUUGAACUGGAACUGGUUCGUGGUGGAGGUGGUGGCGAGAGCUCGCUUCCCCCGGGAUUCAGGUUCCAUCCCACUGAUGAAGAGCUCCUCUCCUUUUACCUUCCCCGCAGAAUCGCCAACCAGCCCAUCCCGCUGAACGCGAUAGGCGACAUUGACAUGUACGGAUUCGAGCCCUGGGAGCUUCCAGGAAAGGCGAUGGUGUCGCUUAACGGUAGCGACGAGUGGUUCUUCUUCGCGUCGCGCGACAGGAAGUACCUCAUGGGCACGCGCGCCAACCGGAUGACGUCAUCCGGCUACUGGAAGGCCACGGGGAAAGACCGCCCCGUGUACGCCUCGCGCAAGGAUGGGCACGAGUCCGGUAAAGAUACCAAGGGGAGCCGCAUUGUGGGAUAUAAGAAGGGGCACGUGUUUUACAAAGGCAGGGCGCCGCGGGGGGAGAAGACGGCGUGGGUGAUGCACGAGUACCGCCUCGUAGAGCCCAGUGACGACCCGGAUUCGCUGAUUGGUAGUACUGUUGAGGAAGCUUCGCAUGGUGGUGGCGUCAGUGGCAAGUCAAUUGAGGGCGGCGACGCGGCGAAGCGAAGCAAGCUGGGCGGCCUGAGGAAGGGACUUUCAUCUUCGCACCACGUCAAGUCGAUGUCUUUGCCGUCGUCCCCGCAGGAGCUCGCGUCCGCCGCGUGCAAGUCGUGGCCUGCUUCGGACUCCCUCGAUGAUGGUGUGGAUGCGGAAUCCGCGGAGGAUGACGUCACCGCUGCUGAGGAGAGUGAUGGGAUGAUUGCGGCUCCUGUAGCGUAUGGCGAGGGAUGCAGUAACGCGGAUCUACUGCAUGGUAGCAGUAGUAGAGUCGUGGCGCGGGUGACUACCGCAAGCUCCGACAUCGUCGGCAGGCACAGCGAGCGAGACGACGGGAGAAACAGUGGAGCGAAAAGUGGGGGGGAGGACAAUAUCCGGAUGAUGAGGAGCUUUCCUGACAGUGGACUCUUCUCAACGGUAUUACGAAAUGCGAACGCGCAGCCACAACCCGUUCCUAUCACUGCAAGUGGCAGCAGCGAAAACCCACCGACAUGGAGUUUUCAUGGGCCAGCGCCGGUGGCACGAGUGCCAUCGGCUCACACCAUCGCGUCCUUGGAAGCGCUUCUGCUGGCUGAUGAUAAUCCCGAUGUCACAGAACAAGUGAGCCACGAUGCGAUAACGUGGACUCCAAAUGUGUCCCAUCAAGUGGAUGUGACCCAGGAUGCGGCUUGGUGGUCUACACCCACGCAACACGAUGGGCCGUCGGUGGUUGCUGGUGCGGAAGCGGAAGGCUCAGAAGUUGCUCUCCUGCCAGGUGUGCAGUUUUCGAGUCAACAGCAGGAGCAGCUUGACAAGGAAGUCGCCGAAGCGCUGCAGCAAGUGUCUAACAUGCACACGACAACAGAAUCAUCCAACCUGGCCUCCCUUCUGUUCGCAAACCUCGCAUCGCCUCCUAUCUACCAGUCCGUCCCAUUUCUAUCAUCCAUGCCCUUCUCUCAGUCCGUGCCAACCACCACCUCUCAUGGAUCAUUCACUCAGCCAGGCGUUGGAAGCACGGAAAAGCAUAACCAAGACGGUGCGACACAGUCAGGUGGAGCUGUUUCUGUUGAUUCAGCAUCUGGGUCGCGGCCGAAAGGCAGGAGGUCACCAAAGAGGGACAGAGAGGGAAAGCUACUCGAAUGA